GAUAUUUGUAUAUAAUUUCCAUUAAAGAAUGAUAUGAUGAUGAGUUUCUAUCAGUUGUCAAUUUGUCAUUCAUUUAGGAACUAAUUGCGUGCUCGGGUUCAUUUGUUGAAAUGGCCAAUGCUGCUGAUCUGAUACAACGAAAACAACGUUCUGAGUUUCUCUCAAGUAUUAAGAAAACCCUAAACAAAUCUAUAGAGGGAAAUCCAGAGCUCAUUUCACCCAUCCUAACUCUGGCACUGAAUGAUGCUGCGACUUAUGACAAGGCUACAAAAUCUGGGGGGCCUAAUGGAUCCAUUCGGUUCAGCUCAGAGAUAAUCAGACCUGAAAAUAAAGGGCUAUCUUCUGCUUUGAAACUCAUAGAGGAAGCAAAACAUGAAAUUGAUUCUUACUCUAAGGGAGGACCCAUUUCCUUUGCAGAUCUCAUACAAUGUGCAGCACAGAGUGCAAUAAAAAGUACUUUUCUUGCUUCUGCAAUUCGCAAAUGUGGUGGGAAUGAAGAGAAAGGAGCCUUGUUAUAUACUGCAUAUGGUUCAAAUGGCCAGUGGGGAUUGUUUGAUAGACAAUUUGGAAGGAUGGAUGCGAAUGAACCAGAUCCAGAUGGGAGGGUACCGCAAUGGGAGGAGGCAUCAGUUCAGGAAAUGAAAGAUAAGUUCUCUGCUAUUGGCUUUGGCCCUCGCCAGCUAGCUGUUAUGUCAGCAUUCCUAGGUCCUGAUCAGAUGGCAAUUGAAAGUCUAUUAGCUUCGGACCCAGUUGUUUUGCCAUGGGUUCAGAAAUACCAACGUAGCCGUGAAACAGUGUCUCAGACAGACUAUGAGGUUGACCUUAUAACUACCCUCACAAAACUUAGUUGCUUGGGCCAACAAAUUAACUAUGAGGCCUAUACAUAUCCUAUCCCAAAGGUUGAUUUAACAAAAUUGAAGUUAUAGAAUUUAAGAUUUUUCUGAAAGAAGAAGAAGAAGAAGAGGAGA